GAAGCAAUUCUGAAGAAUCUGAGGAAACCCAUUGCCGGAGUUUUCGUCUUAUUGGAAAGUCUUGGGCACCAAACUCCAAAGAUGGCGUCUGAGAAUCUAAGCGUCCUCGAAGAGACCUUGAAGCCCUUUUACCAGAGAGCCUCUCAAGCCGAGGAGCGAUUAGCAAGACUUGAGGCCACCCUUGCAGCCAAGAAGGGUCAUCCUGCAGAUUCGGCAAAUCAGGAUUAUUCCGAAUUGAUCAAUGAAAUCCAGUCAAAGCUAAAAGAUACAUGUGCUGAGAUGGUUUUAGAACAAGAAAAGAACAAGAAGCUUGCUGCAGAAAAUGCUAAACUCCAAUACCGGAUACAUCAUCUUGUUCAGGCAGUGAGAGAUGCUGAUGACAAAUUGGAGAAAAAGUCAUGAUGCAGAAGUAACUGGAGACAUGGAAGUUGGAUUCAUAAGAUCGUGAACAUAGAUUCGUAGUUUUUAGAUUUGAGCUGGAUUAAUAAAUUCUGCUACAUUAUAGAUUUUUAAUCAUAGAUAACGUUGAUGAUGGUACUUGGGUUAAAUUUUUUCCUGUAGUAUCUUACAGAACCUGCAUUCAGUGACGUAUUUGGAGAAAAGCAUUAAAGAA